CUUUAGUUAUGGAAAUGGAAAAAAGUGUCAAAGAAGAGUGUAUUCCUCUCUUCAGGCCCUACAAGAUGGGAAAUUUCAAUCUUUCCCAUAGGGUUGUUCUGGCACCUAUGACGAGAUGUAGAUCAUACGGACAUGUUCCUCAGCCUCACGCCAUCUUAUAUUAUUCUCAAAGAACGUCUCAAGGAGGUUUUCUCAUCACUGAAGCCACCGGAGUUUCGGAAACCGCUCAAGGUUAUGAUGAUACUCCUGGGAUAUGGACUAAAGAGCAAGUGGAGGCGUGGAAGCCAAUCGUGGACGCUGUUCAUGCCAAAGGCCAGAAAAAUGGGGAUGAAGCUCCUGUCUCCUCUACGGAUAAGCAGUUGAUGCCCAUUAUGGGAGAAGAGUUCACACCUCCAAGGCGGUUAAGGACAGAUGAAAUCCCGGGCAUUGUCAACGACUUUAGAGUUGCUGCAAGAAAUGCAAUGGAAGCUGGCUUCGACGGAGUUGAGAUUCAUGGAGCCCAUGGUUACUUGAUCGACCAGUUUCUAAAAGACAAAGUGAAUGAUAGAACUGACGAAUACGGUGGCUCGCUAGAGAACCGCUGCAGAUUCGCACUAGAAGUAAUCGAUGCAGUAGCAAAGGAGAUAGGUUCAGAUCGUGUUGGAAUAAGGCUCUCCCCAUUCGCGGAUUACUUGGAGUCCGGUGAUUCUAACCCAGAAGCUUUAGGACUCUACAUGGUGCAAGCUAUCAACAAAUACGGAAUCCUCUACUGCCACAUGGUCGAACCUAGAAUGAAAAUCAUCGACGAAACCUUCGAGGUCACAGAAACUCUUACACCCAUGAGAAAUGCCUUCAAAGGAACUUUCAUAGUAGCCGGAGGUUAUACAAGAGAAGACGGGAACAAGGCGGUGGCGGAUGACAGAACUGAUUUGGUGGCAUAUGGACGGCACUUCUUGGCCAAUCCAGAUUUGCCCAGGAGGUUUCAACUCAACGCGCCAUUGAAUAAGUACAACCGAUCAGCCUUCUAUACUUAUGACCCUGUCCUCUUCUACACAGACUAUCCUUUUCUCGAGACAACAGACACAACAACUGCUUAAGUACUGUGUCUAAUGGCAAUAUGAUGUAGCAAGCAGCAAACAUCUCAUAUGAUUUUCCCAUUUCUUUUGGUUUUCGUGUUUAUCCAGCCAAGUAGAGUCCUACUUUGAUUUGGUUUAUGCUUUUUAGUCCAACACCUGUGUCUUACUAACAUAUGGGUUGGCUCUAUGUUUUGUUCACCUUAUCUUUACAAAAAACUUCAAAAUAAACUCUUGAUUGCAUU